AGGCGUAUAAAAUGCUUGCAAGACCUAUUUGGGAGCAGAUUGGAACAAGUUUUAUACAGUUGUAUUGUCAGCAGUUUGAUACUCGUGGGGAACAACUAGGUGUCUUUUAUACAGAUGCUUCCUGCUUAUCAUGGGAAGGUCAGCAAUUCCAAGGAAAAGCGGCCAUUAUGGAAAAACUGAUGAGGCUUCCUUUCCAAAAAAUUCAGCACAAUAUAACCUCCCAGGGUCAUCAGCCAACUCCUGAUAAUUGUAUCCUUAGUAUGGUUGUCGAUCAGUUGAAGGUGGACGAUGAUCCAGUGAUGGGAUUCCACCAGAUGUUUGUUCUCAAGAACAUUACUGACAAAUGGAUUUGUUUCAAUGACACAUUCAGGCUUGCUCUUUACAACUCUGCCUAAAAUGUGUUUUCUAAUGU